CCUUGGGGGAAGAUGGCGCCCUUGGGGCUGAAGGCGGUGGUAGGGGAAAGAGCUCCUUGGAAGGCUUAACUUCUCCUCCUUGCAAGCUUAAGUUCUUGGUGGGGAGAAGAGGGCUUGAGGAUGCCCCUCCCCCACCUCCAGUAGUUCCGGCCUCAACUACUUCUUCCGCUCUGAUAACAGUGGACUCAACACUCUGAAAUCCUAAGUGGAGUCAUCCGGAGCGUUAAAAAGGAUGGCGAGUGGAAGGUACUCAUCAUGGAUCACCCAAGCAUGCGAAUCUUGUCAUCCUGUUGUAAAAUGUCAGAUAUCUUGGCGGAGGGCAUCACCAUUGUAGAAGACAUCAACAAACGGAGAGAACCCAUUCCCAGCUUGGAGGCAAUUUAUUUGCUGAGUCCCACGGAGAAGUCGGUUCAGGCCCUGAUUGCAGACUUCCAGGGGACACCAACCUUCACCUACAAAGCGGCCCAUAUCUUCUUCACUGACACAUGCCCUGAACCCUUGUUCAGUGAACUGGGCCGCUCUCGCCUGGCGAAGGUGGUGAAGACGUUGAAGGAGAUCCACCUUGCCUUCCUCCCCUAUGAGGCCCAGGUGUUCUCUCUGGAUGCCCCGCACAGCACUUACAACCUCUACUGCCCAUUUCGAGCAGGGGAGCGAGGACGGCAGCUUGAUGCAUUGGCCCAGCAGAUAGCCACACUGUGUGCCACUCUUCAGGAAUACCCAUCCAUUCGCUACCGCAAGGGUCCAGAAGACACAGCCCAGCUGGCCCAUGCUGUCCUGGCCAAGCUGAAUGCCUUCAAGGCAGACACGCCCAGUCUGGGAGAGGGCCCAGAGAAAACACGCUCGCAGCUGCUCAUAAUGGACCGGGCAGCAGACCCCGUGUCCCCACUAUUACAUGAACUCACGUUCCAAGCUAUGGCCUAUGAUCUUCUGGACAUCGAACAGGACACGUACAGGUACGAGACCACAGGGCUGAGUGAGUCCCGGGAGAAGGCUGUACUCCUGGAUGAAGAUGAUGACCUGUGGGUGGAACUUCGGCACAUGCACAUAGCAGAUGUUUCCAAGAAGGUCACGGAGCUCCUGAAGACAUUCUGUGAGAGCAAGAGGCUGACUACAGACAAGGCCAACAUCAAAGACCUGUCCCACAUCCUGAAAAAGAUGCCACAGUAUCAGAAGGAGCUGAACAAGUAUUCUACGCACCUGCAUUUAGCAGAUGACUGCAUGAAGCACUUCAAGGGCUCGGUGGAGAAGCUGUGCAAUGUGGAGCAGGACCUGGCCAUGGGUUCUGAUGCAGAGGGUGAGAAGAUCAAGGACGCCAUGAAACUGAUUGUCCCGGUGCUGCUGGAUGCCUCGGUGCCACCGUACGACAAGAUCCGAGUUCUGUUGCUCUACAUCCUUCUGCGGAAUGGUGUGAGUGAGGAAAACCUGGCCAAGCUGAUCCAGCAUGCCAAUGUGCAGUCCUACAGCAACCUCAUCCGGAAUCUGGAGCAGCUGGGGGGCACAGUCACCAACUCCGCGGGCUCAGGGACCUCUAGCCGGCUGGAGCGGAGAGAGCGCAUGGAGCCCACUUACCAGCUGUCUCGCUGGUCCCCAGUCAUCAAGGACGUGAUGGAGGAUGUGGUGGAGGACCGGCUUGACCGAAAGCUGUGGCCCUUCGUGUCUGACCCUGCCCCUGUGCCCAGCUCCCAGGCAGCUGUCAGCAGUGCUCGCUUUGGCCACUGGCAUAAAAACAAAGCUGGUAUAGAGGCUCGGGCUGGGCCCAGGCUCAUCGUGUACAUUGUGGGUGGUGUCGCCAUGUCUGAGAUGAGGGCUGCCUAUGAGGUGACCAGGGCCACUGAAGGCAAGUGGGAGGUGCUCAUAGGCUCUUCUCAUAUCCUUACUCCAACCCGCUUCCUCGAUGACCUCAAGACCCUGGACCAGAAGCUGGAGGACAUGGCCCUACCCUGACUCAGCCCCUUGCCUCUGCCCUCUCCUCCUAUUCCAGAGAAAUAAACUCUUCCCUUCAGUCUCUCCACCGGGGCUCACCUCAUUUUCUUCUCAGAGGGAGCUGUAUUGAGCCAGACCCAUGCUGCAGGCCUCCCCCUCUUACUGUCCUGCCCGAACCUUUCUCUGGCCUCCAGAAGCAUCUUUAGCUUUCAUGAACGUUGAGAACCUGGGCUGUGGGUUUAAUACUGGCUUGAAGUUGAGGAGGCCCUGGCUGUCUAGUUAGGUCCUCCAUCCAAACCCAGGUCUGAUGUUUGCAGAGCAGAUAGCAGAGAGGCAUAGAUCGGGAUGGCAGGGCUGCAACCUCAUUGUUACUAGAAUUCUUUAGGCUAUUUGGUUAGAAUUAUAGAAAAAAUUUUAACCUUUAUUUUUAUUUUGUGUGUUACACUUGUAUGUAUGUCUGUGCAUCAUAUGUACCAGUGCCUGUAGAGGUCAGAAUAGGGUGUAGGAUCCCCUGGAACCAGAGUUAUAGAUGGUUGUGAGAAGCCAUGUAGGUGCUUGGGUCUGCUGCAACAACAGCCAGCCUCUUAAUCACUGAGGCAUCUCCAGCACCAGAAAUAGAAGCAGAUAGAGUAGGCCUGAAUCCUGCCGCUGCCUCUGGAACCUCCCAGGAGCUACUGCAAGUGGAACUUGAAGCCCCAAUUCUAGGAAUCAGCCAGCAUUUAAAACACAGCAAACUCAGCCGGGCAGUGGUAGUGCAUGCUUUUAAUCCCAGCACUUGGGAGGCAGAGGCAGGAGGAUUUCUGAGUUCGAGGCCAGCCUGGUCUACAGAGUAAGUCACAGGACAGCCAGGGAUACACAGAGAAAACAUGUCUCACAAAACCAAAGAAAAAACAAAAACAAAAACAAAACCCAACCCACAGCAAACUCAAAUACUGGCUUCCCAGUGUCCCCCUGCCCUCAGCUUUAAGAUAUGCCUGUAGACUCUAAUUGCAGGAUUUACCAGAGGUUUUAAUGGAGGUAUAUUUGUUCAGUAGGGCAAACCUAUAAACUAUUCCUAGGUCCUGGAUGGCUCAGAGGUUUAAGAGUGUUUGCUGCUCUUACAGAGGCAUGGAAUUGGGUUCCCAACACCCAAUUUGGGUGGCUCAAAACUGCUUGCAACUCCAGCUCCAGGGGAUUCAGUGCUCUCUCCUGGCUUCAGUGGGAACCCAGAUACAUGUAUACCUCCCCAAACUCCAAUAAACGAACAAACAGAUAAAUAAAUAAAAGCACUCCACUCAG